ACCGGCCCCGUAGCGCAAAAGCAGACAGCGGAUGCACGCGCACGCUCAUGUGUGUAACGAACUUGACAACUCAAGAGCGCUUCUCUCUCCCAAGGUCAGUGCUAGUCAACUACGCGCGCCAUUAGCCACCCGGUUGGGCAAUAAUAAUAGGUGGCAUCUUCGUUAGAUCCUACAAAAGCAGCAGCUUGCUCCAUCCGCUGACAGUGUUAUAUCACUCCAUCCAAUACCCUGUCCCGCUCCGUGGGCUCAAUAGAUAUUACUGCUAUGGAGGCGGUUUAUAACGGCAUCCAAUCCGUCUACGGCUGCCUUUUUCUCUCGCAAGCUCAGCGUGCGUUGUCGGGCCUCCAUGAAUAUCCCUUUCCUCUUCAGUCAUGCUACCACAUGGAGUUUAUGAUAGAAGACUUUCAAUUCGAAGUGAAACAUCGAUACCCUCACCGCACUGAUAUCCUUGGAAUAGCUGAAAAGGUUGAGCAGUCUAUUCGUUCUGAAUAUGGCGGGAUAAUGCCAGGUGAUUUAUUUGAUAUCUAUGAGAGGAGAGAAGCCACCUCACAAAAUCUUACCCCUAGGGAGAUAGAAACAUUACAAAAGCUCCUAGCUAAAUGGCAAGAUACGACUGCUAUUGAAAAAGAGUAUUCCUUCCUAAGAUUGGAUCUUCAUUAUCCAGAUCACAAGAUUAUACAUGAUACCGAGGAACAUGCUGCAGACACAGCGGAGAAGAUGAAGCAAUGGUUACUCGCCAGACACGGAACCCUGGAAUUCUAGACAAUUGCGAUUGUGAGGACCCCGAGGAUGGCCUAUGUUAUUUUAUACCCAUACUAUAGUGGCAUGCUUACCUUCUAUUAAUGCAAAGUGUUGUUUUUGUAUCCUCUACCAUAAGAGACCUGUCUAUUAUCAAAUACCAUUAUACUCUCUAUGAUCUUCAUGCUAUUGAGGCGUUGUGUCCUCCUGACUUGGUUUAGACCUGUAGUUAGGCCCAGCACUGGUUGUGUGUUGCUCACCAGCUCGUGUGUUGCUCACCUGUGUUGCUGUCGUGCCUUUUUCUGCAUAAAGGUUCGUCUUUCGUCUCUUACUCCCUUUCUCUUUCUCCUUCUUCCUCAGGCCACAGAAUUAUUUCCAACGUGAGUUUCAUGCGCCCUUAUCACCUACCUCGUCUAUCCUAUUUCAUAGCCCUUAGACGUGUGAUCCUAUAUCUAACGGAAUAAACACCAUAGAUCAGUGCCAGAAUAAAGAAUGCAGCAACAGCAGCAGCACCACCACCAGCAACACCACCACCAGCAG